UGCGGGCGGGGCCGGCUUCCCCGCGCCCCUGACAGCCGCGGGCGGGAGCCCCCGACAGGCCGCGCCGCGCCGCGCCUCCCCGCCGCGGGCCGCUCCCGGGGCGCCGGUCCGCGCUGGGCCCGCCUUUGUUCCCGGGCCGGAGCGGAGACAUGCGCGGCUGACGAUGGAGGUGGAGGACUCGGGCGGCGUGGUGCUGACCGCCUACCACUCGUACGCGCGCUCCCAGCCGCCCAGCGCCGAGCCGCGCCGCGCGCCCCGGGCCGCCGGCCACCCGGGCAGCAGAAAAUCCAUUCCUCGCUGCCAAAGAAUUAACAGGAUGCUUUCCAAUGAAUCCCUACCUUCACCUGCAUUCAGCCGCUCCAGCUCACAAGCCUCCGUAGACAGCGCCUCCAUGGAGGAUUUCUGGCGGGAGACAGAAAGUGUUAAAGAGAACAGCAUGAGAGGACAGGAAGGGCAGACGCCAGCUGAGGUCAAGCCUGUGGAUGAAGGAGAACUUGAAGCAGAGUGGUUGCAAGAUGUGGGUUUAUCAACCUUGAUCUCAGGUGAUGAAGAGGAGGAUGGGAAAGCCCUGCUCUCUACAUUGACUCGAACCCAAGCGGCUGCGGUGAAAAAGAGAUAUAACACUUACACUCAAACCAUGAGAAAAAAGAACAAGCAGUCUGUCAGGGAUGUCAGAGACGUCUUUGGAGUCAGCGAAUCUCCUCCAGGUGAUACCUGUGACAACUAUUCUUCUCACUUGGAUGGCACUCAGGAGGAAAAAGAGCUGCCAAGAAUUACCAAAACAGGUGGUUCCUUGCCGGAUGAUGCUUCUCUCAACAGUACUACCCUGUCACUUGGGUCCCAGGAUGAAGAAGGGAGCUUCGCAGUUCCCAGAUGUGGCUCCAUGUCUAUCCUUGAGACUAUUCCCGAUAUACCAGCUCAUUCCAAUGGAUCGGUGGAGCCUGGACGAUCAGUUCAGAAUGCAAUGAAUGAUGAUGAUUAUCUGGAAAAGAACAUUCCACCAGAAGGUGAAGAGCUAUCCUUUGAAGUAUCUUAUUCAGAAAUGGUUACAGAGGUGCCAAAAAGAAAUAAAUUUAAGAAGUCAGAUUUUAAGAAAGAAGACUAUGUUUUAACUAAAUUUAUUGUUCAGAAAACCAGAUUUGGCCUAACUGAAGCAGGAGAUCUGUCUACUGAAGACAUGAAGAAAAUCCGCCAUCUCUCUCUGAUUGAAUUGACGGCCUUUUUUGAUGCCUUUGGAAUUCAACUGAAAAGAAACAAAACAGAGAAAGUAAAAGGUCGAGACAAUGGGAUUUUUGGAGUUCCACUUACAGUCCUACUGGACAAUGACCGAAAGAAAGAGCCUGGAGUGAAAGUUCCCCUUGUGUUACAAAAAUUUUUUGAGAAAGUUGAGGAAUCGGGUCUGGAAUCUGAAGGAAUUUUUCGACUUUCAGGAUGUACUGCCAAAGUCAAGCAAUACCGUGAAGAACUGGAUGCCAAGUUUAAUGCUGAUAAAUUUAAAUGGGACAAAAUGUGCCAUAGAGAAGCUGCAGUAAUGUUGAAAGCAUUUUUCAGAGAACUACCCACCUCUCUCUUCCCUGUGGAAUAUAUACCUGCCUUCAUCACUCUAAUGGAAAGUGGGCCUCACGUCAAAGUGCAGUUUCAAGCCUUACACCUCAUGGUCAUGGCACUGCCCGACGCCAACAGAGACACAGCCCAGGCCCUCAUGACGUUCUUCAAUAAAGUGAUUGCCAACGAAUCAAAAAACCGGAUGAGUAUGUGGAACAUUUCUACUGUAAUGGCGCCAAACCUUUUCUUCAGUAGAAGCAAACAUUCUGAUUAUGAAGAAUUACUGUUAGCAAACACCGCAGCCCACAUCAUCCGCCUAAUGCUUAAGUACCAGAAAAUUUUGUGGAAGGUUCCAUCUUUCUUGAUCACUCAAGUCAGAAGAAUGAAUGAAGCCACCAUGCUGUUAAAGAAGCAGCUCCCAAGUGUCAGAAAGCUGCUAAGGAGGAAGACUAUAGAACGAGAGGUUACAAGCCCCAAGACUUCAAAGGUAGUACAAAAAUCACCCUCUUCGAGAAGAAUGUCUGAUGUGCCGGAAGGAGUCAUAAGGGUCCAUGCUCCACUUCUCUCGAAGGUGUCGAUGGCCAUUCAACUCAAUAGUCAAACCAAAGCCAAAGACAUACUCGCAAAAUUUCAAUAUGAGAACAGUCACAGUUCAUCAGAGUGCAUUAAGAUUCAGAACCAAAGGUUAUAUGAAAUUGGAGGAAAUAUAGGACAGCAUUGCUUGGAUCCAGAUGCUUAUAUAUUGGAUGUAUAUCAUGUAAAUCCUCAAGCAGAAUGGGUGAUUAAACCCCAACCAAUUUUUUGAAAUACCCCCCAAGAUGGCAGCUAUCAUGUAUUAUAUGCCAAGAUCCUACAUUUGGUAGGGAAAAAAAACAAGACUGCUUUUGA